AUGGUGUUUGCUUGUAUUGUCCAUGUGUCCAAGUCAGUGAAAGGAGUGGCAUCACUGCCCUGUGGUUAUCCGUUUUCUCCUGAUGAACUGACGAGGCUCCGAGUCUACUGGCAAAAAGAUGACAAAGCGGUGCUGAGUUACACCCCAGAGAAGAUAGAAGUGUGGUCCCAGUAUAAGAACCGGACUGUACUUGACAUCUCUAGCAACUUCUCUCUUAUGAUCCUGUCCCUGUCCCUGUCGGACAGGGGCAUAUACACCUGUGUCAUUCAAAAGUCUGAAGGAGGAGUUCACAAACGGAAACACUUGGCUUCUGUGAAGCUGUUUGUCAGAGCUGACUACCCGGUUCCUAAUAUAACUGACCUUGGAAAUUCAUCAGCGGACAUUAAAAGGAUAAUGUGCUUAACCUCUGGAGGUUUCCCAAAGCCUCACCUCUUCUGGUUGGAAAAUGGAAAAGAAUUAAGUGGCAUCAAUACAACAAUUUCUCAAGAUCCUGAAACUGAGCUGUACACUGUCAGUAGCAAACUGGAUUUCAAUAUGACCUACAACCACAGCAUUGUGUGUCACGUUGUGUAUGGAGACUCUCAAGUGUCGAAGAACUUCACCUGGGAAAAACCCCCAGAAGCCCCUCCUUAUAGAAAUCACCUAAUUGAGGUGACCCCCACAAUUUUGACAGUACUCUGUUUGGCCUCAGCAAUAAUACUAAUCAUUGUGUACAGCAGCACCAUUACUGGAGCCAUCAAGAAACAGAUCCUGGGUGCCAGGAAGCACCUAGACAACACAGAGACCUGGCCCAGGUCCACAAAGGGCCUGGGAGACUUGGAAAGCACCAAGACAACACCAUGGCCUGAUGCCCAGCUGGGUGUGGUGGGAAUUACAAAGACAAGUGCAAGUGGGCCUAUGCCUUCUUCCUUUGAGAAAACCGACCACUGUAUGAGUCGCUGUGACUCCCAGAGAUGCAUUCUCGCCCAGGAAGAAGAGCAGCAACUGCAGAAUGGAGACCGACAACCGAAUGGACAUGUCCACUGUGUUCACUUCUCAUCAUUAGCCUAUCUGCUCAUCUCUAUGGCUGUGGUGGCGGUUCAACCUUGA